AUGAUUUCUACCACUUAUUCUUCUAACAAUUCUGUCACUUAUUCCUCUAACAGUUCUGUCACUUAUUUCUCUAACGGUUCUGUCACUUAUUCUUUUAAUGCUCAAGCUGAAGCUAAAAUGUUUAUUAAUACUAAUUUUUCAGCUCAGGAUGAGUCUAUCAACACUGAUUCUUCAAUUCAAGCUGAGAUUUUUAUCAACACUGAUUUUUAUAUAUUACCUCAAAUUAGAAUUAUCUAUUAA